AUGAGAAUCAAUCAGCUAGGUCUACUCACUGGCCAUUACCCUGCGACGAGAUGCACGAUAAAUGUUGUAUCUUUUUUUUUUCUUCUCUCCUUCCUCCUCCCAGUUUCUCCUUCACUCUUUAUUCCUAACAAUUUUUUCUCUCUUUUCCCUCACCCAUUUCUCCAUCUCUCCUUUCCGUCCAUUUCUUCUUUUUUCCUUCUUCUAACCAGUUUCUUCUUCACACCUUCCUCCCACCAAUUUCCUCUCUCUUUUCUUUCACCCAGUUUUCCAUCUCUUCUUCUUCCCCCCCACCAUUUCUUCUUUUCCUCUUCCUUCUACCAGUUUUUUUCUUGUUUCAUCCCUCUCUCCAAUUUCUCCUUUUCUUUCAUCCAACAAUUUCUUUUCUCCUUCAUUCCGCUUAUUUUUUUCCACUCUCUUUUUUUUCUAUCUAAUUUUAUUUUUCACUUUUUCUUCCCAAUAUUCUCUUAUCGUCUUUCUUCUAUGAGUUUCAUCUCUCCUUUUUCUCUUCUUCCCACCCAUUUUCCUCGCUUCUUCAACACUCCCAUUUUUCUUCUCUACUUCAUCCUACCCACUUUUCUUCUUUCUUUCUUUUUCCUCCAUCCAAUUUCUUCUCUCUUUCUUCCAUCCAUUUCUCAACUAUCAUCCUCAGGGGAUAAAAUCUGCUUUUUUCGUUGUGAUGGUGAUUGUCCCUGUUAUAAUACCAAAACCGGCACAUUCGAAACGGCCUACAUCCCUUCGUUCCAUCUCUCUCCCACCUCGUCUUUUCCCUCCCUCUUAUUCUAA